AUGAGGAACAGUAUCAGCAUCGGCACCAGCAACAAAAAUAGGAAGAGUGUCAGCAGCUGCAUCAGUAGCAUGAUGAACAGUACCAACCGCAGCACCAGCAGCUCCAAAGGAGCUCAGUAUGAGCAGCAGCAUGAGGAGAAAUAUCAGCAGCAGCAAAAGGAGCAGCAUGGGGAGCAGUUGCAGCAGCAGCAAAAGCUGCAGCAUCUACUGCAAGAGGAGCAGCUUGAGCAGCAGCAUAUGGAUGAUUAUCAGCAGCAGCUUGAGGAGCAGGAACAGCAGCAGUAUCAGCAGCAGCAUGAG